UUUCCUCUCUAUACAUUUCAGAACAAAACACAGAGAGAGAAGCAAAAAAAAACAGAAAGGUAUUGAAGAAAUGAAGAAAGCAGGAGGGGCAGAGAAGAAAAGGGUGCGAAGGUCAUCAGGCGCUAUUCAGAACGGCGGCAGAGAUUCCAACUCUGAUACCCCUCCUAGGAAACAAGCUAUCCAGAAGGAUGUGUUCCAGUUGUUUGCAGAGAAGGUGAGAGACCAUAAGGAUUUGGUGUCUAGGUGGGCUGUUCUACAGGAGACACGCGUGGAAUAUUUCAGGGGGAAGGAUUUUGUAAAAUUUUUGAGGAAUCAUCCUGAACUCAAAGAUAUUCUAGAAUCAGAUAGAAAUCUAGAAGCUGAAGAUAUUGCCGAUGUUUUACUGAGAAAGAAUCUUCUAGUUCGUUGUGAUCGUGUGGUGAAAACUCUUCGUCCUGGAAAGAAAAAGUUGUCUACAUGGCCUGCACAUUUGGAGAUCUUUCCAGACCAAGUAUUUUCUGAGAAUGACGCCUUCUUUGCAUGGACUUUUGUUAAACGGCGGCCUCUCUGGCAGACGCUUCUCUCAUUUUUCUGGCCUGUGGUGACAUUGGCAAUUUGCUUGUUUCCUGUAUAUCCCCAUCGGUGCAAGCUACUAAUACUCUACUCAUGUCUUGGGGUCCUGCUACUGUUUCUUUCUCUACUUGUUUGUAAGUUUUGAACUUCUGGGCAUAUGUCUUCGUUGUGAACCAUGAAAUUUUUUCAUUUAGAAUCUUAU